AUGAAAGGUAAGCCACAAGCGGGCGCAACGUUAUCCACCACCACCAAGCAGGCCCUCUUGGACGUGGAACGGAUGACGAGCCUCUCGGCUCUCAGGAGGUUCGUCGAACAUUGUGGACGGACCCCCUUUUAUUUCGAGUACAGACCGGAUUUUAGUACACAGGUCAAUUGCAUCGAGGGCGUACUCACACUCGAGAACGGUGAACUGACCAUUUAUCUGGAGAAUAGUGCUAAAGCCAGUUUCGUUUCUAUGCGACACUCUAUGGUGCCGUUUAACAUGCCAAAGGAUGAGGACGUUCUUAAGAAUUUUGACGAUGCACGGGCGACCUUCCGAACUGAGUGGAUGGCACCGGAAGAAAGCAAGUCUAUACUGUAUCAGCAGUAUGAAAUGGCCAGGGCACAACUGGCGGAGGAAAAUUUAAAGAUCCAGCAGGACGCCUACGCUCAAACGGUUGGAUCACACGAUCGCAUUAAUCAAAUGCAGCAUCAGAUUAACACGUUGGAAUCGCAGAAAACUCAGUUGUGUGAGGAGAACAGCCAGAUGCAAGAUCGGAUUAAUCAUAUGCAAGCGUGGAUUAACCAAAAAGAGAAACAGGGACUUCCAGCGCAGCGGGUGACAACAGAGGGUGAAAACAAAUUUUUUUUUCACAAGAUGCCCACACUGUGGCACAUACCGCCAAGAUGGGCGGGCAUGCCGAACGGACAUUUACGGCGCUGGGGGCCCAACCCAAGGUGGGGGCGCGAGGAAUUCAAGAGCUAA